UUCUGAUUCUGAGUCUAAACAGUGCAACUGUUUCAGAUACUGUACCACACAGUCUGCAACAUUACAAAUGGCUGAUUCAGGAGGAGAAGAAGAAGAAACUGAAACACCCAUUCAAGUUUUACUAAAAUGGCAGCGAAUCAACUACCCUCAUCGCCAUAGUCAUACUCAAUACGACCUGCCAAACGGAUGGUCGUCAAUGAUGGCCAUCAGAGACUCUGCCCACAACCAUGACCAAACCUCUCUAAUCUUCCCUCCAAUUGACCACGAAAAUCUUCACAUCUCCAAACAUUCCUCUCACCCAAUACCCAAUACUAAAUCCACAUCCUCAUCAUACCCUUUUGAUCAGAAAAAUAGUUGUAAUUCAUCAUCAUAUUCAUCCUCGCCGUUCGAUCUCGAUCGAGAUGACCCGCCAUUGCUGGUGCCAAGUCCUCCGCGGAAGCGAGCCGGCGACGUUGCGAGGUGGUUGAGGUUGGGGCUCCAGCUCCUACGUUGUCAUAUUACUGACAUUACUUCCACAAUUCGAAAAUUUGUCAACACCAGAGGGGUGCGUUGGUCUUUUCUCUCCCCCGUCUUGGUGGCCGCGGCCAUGCUAUUCACGGUGUUGUACUUAAGACUCCGGCGGCGACGUCUAUUACAAGUAUCCAGAGAGAGCAUUGGUGAUUUGAUCCAUAUAAUCAAACAACAAGACGAGAAGCUAAAUCAACUAUCGCAUCAAAUUGCUCAAGCCAACGAAGUACUGCUGGCACUUCAUAGAGUUCUUGAUUCUAAAACUGGUUGAUUUAGCUGGGGAAUGUGAGAAAAGGCCAUUCUGAUACCCAUUUGCUGGGCACAUUUUGUACUGGCAUUGGAGCGAUUCGGCCUUGAUGUUGGUUGAUCUGGUUGCAGGCAUUCUUCUAUACAUCUAGUUCCUAAUUUGGGAACUCUUCAGCGUAUUGUUUAGUUCGGGUGUUAGGGGUGGGGUUCGAUUAAAUUAGUUUGGUGAUCUGAUAAUAC